AUGGCAGUAGAAGCAGCAGCAGAAGCAGCAGAAUCGCCAGCAGCAGCAGCAGCUGCUGCUGCUGCUGCAGCAAAAGCUGCACCCGCAGCACCUGCUGCAGCAGCUGCUGCUGCAGCUGCUGCAGCACCAUCGAAUUCCCCAUGGGUAGAGAAAGCGGAACUGCCGCUGCAGCAACAGCAACAGCAACAGCAGCAGCAGCAGCAACAGCAGCAAGGACAGCAGCAGCAGCAGCAGCUGCUGCUGCAGCACGAGGUCUGCUGCAGCAAAAGCUGCACCCGCAGCACCUGCUGCAGCAGCUGCUGCUGCAGCUGCUGCAGCACCAUCGAAUUCCCCAUGGAUAGAGAAAGCGGAACUGCCGCUGCAGCAACAGCAACAGCACCAGCAGCAGCAGCAGCAGCAGCAACAGCAGCAAGGACAGCAGCAGCAGCAGCAGCUGCUGCUGCAGCACGAGGUGUAUGCGGAGCAAAGGCAGCAGAUGGAAGACGAAGCAGCGCAGUGGGCAGCAGCUGUGCAGCAGCAGCAGCAGCAGGCGAGAGAAACACUACACGCGAUUGCAGAGACCCUCAGCAGCAGCAGCAGCAGCAGCAGCAGCAGCAGCAGCAGCAGCAGCAGCAGCAGCAGCAGCAGCAGCAGCAAUGGAGGCAGCAAUCCCUAGCAAUUCAAUUUGUUGUUCAAAGCACUUCAUGCAGCAGCAGCACGCAUCGCUCUUGCUUCGGCAUCUGCGUACAGCAGCUGGGAGAGGAAGCAGCGCAGUGGGCAGCAGCCGUGCAGCAGCAGCAGCAGCAGGCGAGAGAAACACUACACGCGAUUGCAGAGACCCUCAGCAGCAGCAGCAGCAGCAGCAGCAGCAGCAGCAGCAGCAGCAGCAGCAGCAGCAAUGGAGGCAGCAAUCCCUAG